CUGUCCUCCAUGAAGGACACYAUUGUCCACGUCCAAUCAGAUCGAAGCUUCUACAUCAGCGUCCAGAACCAGCUGCUGCCAGAAACACACCGAGUCUACGAAGCGCACACUCCCCGAGUGUCUCACCUGAGCCAGCUGGUGUCGCUGCUACUCUGUCUGGAGAAGCUGGUCGUCUGCAGAGGCUUUAGAGUUGGAUCCUCCACCUGUCGCCAACAGGUAAGAUCAGCCGCSUGUCACCUGCUGGUGGCUCCGCCUCUUUCUACCUGUCUGCCCUGCCUACUGGAGGAGGAGGAGUCAGAGGAGUCCGAGGACGAGGAGGAGAGUGAGGAAGAUGAGACCAUGAUGACAGAGAGCUGACCUGAGGAGGUCUUCACACUUCAAACUUGAGUUUGUUAGAAAAGUGCCUCGACUAUAAACCUGUACAGGUGAAGCCACGCCCACACCUGUUCUGAUCCCAGGACUGGACAGCUUAGUGUUUUCUCACCUGGAGACAGUGUUGCAGCAGCAGGACUUAAUGCAGUCUUUUAGUCCAGAUGUUUCUACCUCAGUGUGUUUUUGAAGACGCAGCUGGCUCACACACCUGCUCUCACCUGGUCGGGGCAGGUGAACACGCCUUCCUGCUUUAUUCAAUAACAAGCUUUAAAGUGUCUGUGACAUGCAUAUUCUUCAAAGGCAAAAAGUCAUAGAAAACAUUUUAUAUUUAAAAAUAACACACAAAAUCUAACCCAUUUUAUCCCAUAACUGCAUGUUUUCCUUUGAAUUUGACUCAAAGUGAAACAGGAAGUGACAUCACAGGGGAACUCUAACAAAUAAAA